AUGGCAUCCACGCAAGCAAUCGAUGUUCUCCUCGAAAAACUCUCAAAGGUGGCCAGUCAGAGCGCAGAGGCUCACAGCCAGGUGCUCGACGGCUUGCAAAGUCUCCAGCUGCAGCUCGAGGCACCGGAAGACUUCAAUCUCCGCUAUGUGAAUCUACAGCUCCAGCGAAUAGGGGCGCAGCUUGGCCAAGAUCUAAAUGUGUUCCAGACCCUGGCGGAAAGCGAGCGGCCUCUGACAGUGGACGAACUGUCCAGCGAAUCUAGUGCCGAGCCCCCUUUGCUGCUUGGCCAGAUCCGAGAAACGAGCCUGGACACCUAUGCUGCAAGCAACGCCACCAAAACAUUGGCUCAGCCCAAAUACCGUGGUUUUGUUUAUCAUAAUUUUCACACCGUUGGUAACAUAACACAAGCCUUCCCCGACGCCCUCGCCGAGGCAAACUUCCGCGACGUAGAACAAGUAGCAGAAACAGCCUUCAAGAAGGCCUUCUCAACCGACGUGAGCGGCUUCGAGUGGCUCCGUGCGCAGCCAAGGCAUUGGGAGGCACUACAGCAGGCCAUGUCCGUCGCGCCGCAGGCACGGGUGCCGUGGUACUCCGUGUUCCCCUUCGAGGCCGAGCUGGGCGCCGCCUCUCCCGAUGUCCCCGCGCUCGUCGACAUCGGCGGCGGCUUCGGCCACCAGUGCGCAGCGCUCGCGGCCGCCUUCCCAGCCCUGCGCGGCCGGCUCGUCCUGCAGGAUAUGCCGCAGACGCUGGCCAUCGCGCCGCCGCUGGACGGCGUCCGCGCCAUGGAGCACGACUUUUUCAAGCCGCAGCCUGUCAGGGGCGUCCGCUUCUACUACCUGCGCAACGUGCUCCACGACUGGCCACACGACAAGGCCGUGGCUAUCCUCUCGCGGGUGCGAGAGGCGCUUGGAACAGAAUCGCAGGUGUUGAUUGAUGAGAUUGUGGUCCCUAACUCCGGCGCACACUGGCAUGCUACGUGCAUGGAUCUCCUGAUGAUGACGGCGGUUGGGGCCCAGGAGCGCACUGUGGAUGAGUGGCAUGCUCUGCUGGAUGAUGCUGGGUUGCGCAUUGUUAAGAUUCAUAAUUAUCUUCCUCGCCAUGAGGACUCGAUUAUUCAGGCUGUUGCGAAAUAG